UCGUUUUUUGCUCCACGCCGCCGGCCCUAAGCCUCUCUCGGUUCCCCACCCACUCUGAACGCUAUGGCGGCGGCGGCCGCGGUUCCGGCUCUAUGUUUGGCUGAGGCGGCGGCGGUGACAACAGUUCUGGCACCGCGUCCGACGUCGUUGAGGACGUUCAGCAGCAGGAGCUGUGUCGCUUCUAUCCGCCGCUCUGCCCUGAAAUGCCACCCAAGUCGGCCCCUCACCACGGUGGCCGCCGCGGCUGCGGCGGGGGGCUCGCCCUCGACCGCCGUAUUCCACGGCGAGUGCUUCGUCGUGGGGGAUAACAUCGACACCGACCAGAUCAUCCCGGCCGAGCACCUGACCCUGGUGCCGUCCAAGCCCGACGAGUACCGCAAGCUCGGUUCUUUCGCCUUCGUCGGCCUCCCUACCGCGGCCUACCCGACGCCGUUCGUCGCCCCCGGCGAGGAGAAGACCCACUAUGCCGUCGUCAUCGGCGGCGCCAACUUCGGCUGCGGGUCCUCCCGCGAGCACGCGCCCGUUGCCCUCGGGGCCGCCGGCGCCCGCGCUGUGGUGGCCGAGGGCUACGCGCGUAUCUUCUUCCGCAACUCCGUGGCCACUGGUGAGGUCUACCCAUUAGAGCUAGCGGACACUGGAGCCUGGAAGGAGUGCAAGACCGGGGAUGUGGUGACGGUGGAACUUGAUAACUGCGUCAUGAUUAACCACACAUCCGGCAAGCAGUACAAGCUGAAGCCUAUUGGUGAUGCCGGCCCAGUAAUUGAGGCUGGCGGGAUCUUCGCCUAUGCCAGGAAGACCGGAAUGAUUGCAUCAAAGUCUGCGUGAGGGGAAGGGAGUUUAUUCUGCUGGCAAGAUAGUCGAGGCCUCUGCAAGUAGCAAGACUGGAUUGAGGAUUUGAAGUUAUUUCAGUUCUGUUUGCAAUAUUCCAUCAGUUAUACUGCUGUUUUGCAUAGGUUUUGUGUCUGUUUCUGAAAAUAAAAGUUACAGCGUACUGAACUAUGAUGUAUUAGUCCAUGUGAUCUUAUGUAACAUGUAAUACCCUCAUUUGUACCUGCCGAAUUGCCUAUCUGUUCCAAUAAUAUCGUUUCUUGUCAACUUGUGCCUACAA